UAUAAACACUGGCGUCGGCGGCACCGCCUUCCCACACUCGCUGCCUCUCCCGCCGGCCGUAGCGUUCCUUCUCUCCCUUUUUCUUCUUCCCCCCUCCCCUCCUUGCCGGGUCGUCGCCUCCUCUCACCUCUCUGGCUGUGCUGUCCCCUCUGCGCCCUGACGAGGCCGAGUCCUCUCCCCCGCACCGGGCCCCCCGCCUCUUCCUCCUCUUCGCCCGCGCUGCUCCGGUUUCUCUCGGGCCGCCGCCGUCACUGCCGCACAGCUGCUGGUGUCGGGGCCGCGCUUUUUCCCUCACGUCGUUCCCGCAGCCUAUGGCCCAGGCCGCCUUGGGUAUUUCUGCUCAAGGUAACCACAUCCCUCUUUAAAAAUUCCGCCGAAAAAGAGAAGACGCUUUACCCGACUCUUUGGGCCGUUAUCUCACGGCGAACUUUCUGACCAAGUAUACAACUACCCAGAGGGCCUAGGAGAAGUGCUGUAUAGAGAGCAGUUCGACUUCAACGCUGAGCCACCUUGGGAACCUAGCUGAUGAUAGGGGGUUCCAUCUCCUAACUUGUCCAUCUCUCCCUGUUCUACUUCCAGGGAGCUCUUCACUGCAGAAACCCAAGACUCAUAUUCAUCCAGCUUGGUGUCAAGUGGGCUGUGCUGCCAGAAUUAUCUUGUGAUUAUUUGAGAGAUGUGUCAGUUUCUUCUGAAGUACAAUCAACUGUAGACGCCUUUGUAGCAGUUUGUUGCAUAUUCUAAGGACCCAGACAUAGGCUUGCUGGCCCAUCUCUUGUUUUUCCUGGUAUAUGACUUUCGGCUUUGUGGAAUACGGCUGAGAUGAAAGGAUUCAUUGACGAUGCAAACUACUCCGUUGGCCUGUUGGAUGAAGGAACAAACCUUGGAAAUGUUAUUGAUAACUAUGUAUAUGAACAUACCCUGACAGGAAAAAGUGCAUUUUUUGUGGGAGAUCUUGGAAAGAUUGUGAAAAAGCACAGUCAGUGGCAGAAUCUAGUGGCUCCAAUAAAGCCGUUCUAUACAGUGAAGUGCAAUGCUACUCCAGCUGUACUGGAGAUUUUGGCAGCUCUUGGAACUGGGUUUGCUUGUUCUAAUAAAAAUGAAAUGGCUUUAGUGCAAGAAUUGGGUGUGCCGCCAGAAAACAUUAUUUACAUAAAUCCUUGCAAGCAAGCAUCUCAGAUAAAAUACGCCGCAAAAGUUGGAGUGAAUAUCAUGACAUGUGACAGUGAAAUUGAAUUGAGGAAGAUUGCACGUAAUCAUCAAAAUGCUAAGGUCUUACUACAUAUUGCAACAGAAGACAAUAUUGGAGGUGGAGAAGGUAGCAUGAAGUUUGGCACCUCACUGAAGAACUGUAGGCAUCUCUUGGAAUGUGCUAAGGAACUUGAUGUCCAAAUAAUUGGAGUUAAAUUUCAUAUUUCAAGUGCUUGCAAAGAAUCUCAAGUUUAUGUCCAUGCUAUAUCUGAUGCACGAUGUGUUUUUGACAUGGCUGGAGAGUUUGGCUUUACGAUGAACAUGUUAGACAUCGGUGGAGGAUUCACAGGAACUGAAUUUCAAUUGGAAGAGGUUAAUCAUGUUAUCAGCCCUCUGUUGGAUGCCUACUUUCCGGAAGGAUCUGGUAUUAAAAUCAUUUCAGAACCUGGCAGCUACUAUGUGUCUUCUGCAUUCACACUUGCAGUUAAUAUCAUUGCAAAGAAAGUUGUUGAAAAUGAUAAAUUUUCUGCUGGAGUAGAAAAAACCGAAAGUGAUGAACCAGCCUUCGUGUAUUACAUGAAUGAUGGUGUUUAUGGUUCUUUUGCAAGUAAACUGUCAGAGGACUUAAAUGCCAUUCCAGAGGUUCACAAGAAAUGCAAGGCAGAUGAGCCUCUGUUUCCAAGCAGCCUUUGGGGUCCAUCCUGUGAUGCACUGGAUCAGAUCGUGGAAAGCUGUCUUCUGCCGGAGCUGAAUGUGGGCGAUUGGCUUAUCUUUGACAACAUGGGAGCAGAUUCUUUCCAUGAACCAUCUGCUUUUAAUGACUUUGAGAGGCCAGCUGUUUACUACAUGAUGUCAUUCCGUGACUGGUAUGAAAUGCAAGAUGCUGGAAUUACUUCAGACACAAUGAUGAAGAACUUCUUCUUUGUGCCUUCUUGCAUUCAGCUGAGCCAAGAAGACAGCUUCCCCACUGAAGCUUAAACAGGCAUUACUGCUUCAUUAGAUCUGAAGUUGCAGGUUAAGCUUGUCUGGUCUACAUUCCAGUGGGUGGGGGGAUUCAAACAACCUUAUUCUGUUAAUUCUCUUGGAAACAAAAAUAUUAGUAAUAGCCAUUUGGGACCAGACAAAAUCAGCUUUCAUUUAUAAUUCAUUGGGGGUUAUAAUGGGAGAUUAGAUAAUGUAUCCAGAUUUAAAUUUAACAGUUUGUCCUACCCCUCCUUAAGCGUUUAAAAUAAAAUAUGCAACAAAAUGGAUGACUUAGUGGAGAUGGAAGCCCAUUAAUUGGGUUCCCCAUUAAACCGUUUACAUACAAGUACACAGUUUUUAUACUAAGGAUUCGUGUUAAAAAGUCUUGUAAAGUUACUGUCUUUCACCCAGAUAUAUCAAAUGUCAGUGGAAGACAAACAGUGUGACUUCAUUAGAUAUGUUUAGUGUAUUUAGGAUGUGUAAAUUUGUGCUUUGAACUGUAGCUUAAUAAAUGUAAAAUUGCAUCAUAGUAUUUGUUGUAUUUGACCUAAUGUAACCCUUGUAUGAUUGCAAUAAAAUUUUGUGUAGAUUUAACUUUUUUCAGGCUAAAACUUUGGGAAAGGGGCUAGCUAGCAAAAAUAGCUUUGGAAUAGAUGUGUAUAUGGACUGUUGUUGGAAAUUAUUUUUCUUUAUAGCCCAUUUUAAGUUUAGUUUGGCUCAGAACUUUUCAUUUAUUUAAUUAGUAAUUUAAGUAAAGUGGUAAAUCAUUGUGAAGUUCAGAUUCCAUUAUGGAGAGUUGAUGUGCAGUAGUAAGCAUGAUGUUUAACAAUUUUUAACACCAAAAAUGUUAAUCCUGCAUAAACCAAUUGUAAUAAUCAGUAGGUGUUUUUGUAUAGAUAGGAUGCAUAGAGUAUCUUAGUAAAUCUUUGAACCACAAAUCCUUUGACUGAAGUGGAAGAUUCUCUUAAAUACUUUGGAUAAACGUGGGGAAGGAAAUACAGUUGCAGAAAACUGCAGAGCCCUGAUACUUAAAGAAGGGCUGCGUCUAUCCAGAAAGCGGAUGCUCUUUGCGCAGAUAUUUACAUUCAGAGUAGGGGCUGUGGUAAAGCACACUUUGUUUCUUCAGUUUCUGAUUUCAGUCAUUUCAAGUUUAGGCCUUUUUGGGUUUGGUUUCAACUAUUAGUUUCUUAUUUCCAAUCUGUUCUGCUUAGUAACUACUUUUCAUUCUUUUUAUACUAAGAUUUUAUGGUAGUAGGGGAGGGGAGUUAGCAUCACUAACCUGACAGCUGUUUCCAGGACUUGGCUUUUUGUUCACUGCUUGUGUGUUAGUAAUCCUGGAUCUCAGAAUCACAAUGGUAAUAAACAACAAUGAUCACUUCUUCCUAACUUAUUCUAUGUUCAGAUGUGGAAUUUCUGUCUCCCAAGAGGAAAUGUGACUUCACUUUGGUGCCAACAGACAGAAAAUUCUACCUAUGCUACAUAGGAGAAGUUUGGAAUGCACUUAAUAGCUGGUUUUUGUACCUUGAUUUCAAGGUGGAAAGGAAUUAAUCAUGAAUUUCUAAUAAAUUUCAAUCUCAAACCAGUAGGUGCUUAUUACUAUUUUUGAUUUGAUUAUGCCCAUUGAAUUUCAUGGGUUGUCUUAAUAAAAGAGAAAAUUAGGACCCCAAAGUCCUUGACACUUAAUUGCCCUUGGGCUUUUCCAAGGAAUAAUAAUUAUGGGGUUUUGUGUAAAAUUCCAAGCUACCUUGCAACAUUUUUUUUAAUCAUAAUGAGGAGGAGGACUUGUUUCCUGCCUUCUCUACAUGUGCAUUGUGGUCUGAAAAUGCCAAACCUUGUCAGGUGGUCCUUGAGUUCUUCACUAUAAGGCUUGAGCUCAUGGCAUAUCAGUUUGCUAUAUCUGAGGGAGGGUUGUUCUGUGUGAAAUAGCUUGAAGUUGCAAACACCACAUGUGAAUGAUAGGAUAACUUAAAGAAAUGUCUGUACCGCAUUUUAAAGACUGUCAUAAAUCUGAAGUUUGAACCUUGUAUUUGAAUUUGGUAUGCUUAAACACUUAAUGAAUUAAUGUAAAACUUUUUUUUACAGUAUUGUAAUCUCAGAUCAAGAUUUAACUGAAAAUAUAAGACCCAAAUGAUUUCUGUAUAGUAAAUUGAACUGUAAAGGUAACUUGUGUGAUUCUGAAUACACAGAUAAAAUGUU